AUGUCAGGAAGAUAUAGCGUCGCGAUCGUAGGCGGAACAGGCCGGCUGGGGUACGAAAUCUCUCGCGUCUUUCUGGACGAGUACCGCACCACGUUCCCCAUCGUCCGGGUCCUCACCCGUGACCCGUCGACCGCCAGAGCACAGCACCUUGCCAGCAAAGGCGCGAUGCUUCAAGUGCUCGACCAGGAGAAUGUCGCACAGUCUCUUCUGGAGACGUUCAUCCAUGCCGACGUCGUGAUCAACGCGCUCAAUGUGACCGCGCGCAAGGCCCUGAAGAGGCAAGUCGCGGAGGCGGCGGUAAAGGGCGGCGCGAAGGUGUACUUUCUUAGCGAAUUCGGCGUAGACCACAGGGAGAACGACUUCCCGGGGUAUGACCAUCAUGACUGGGACGUCAAGCGAGAGCUUGCGUCCCAUGCCCGCGAGGUCGCGCGGGGCACACCAACCCAAGUCAUCGCGGUCUAUACAGGGCUCUUCAUCGAAUUGUCUCUGAAUGUGCUCGGGUUCGACAUUGACAACAACCUAUUCACCUGCUUCGGCCCGUCGACCCAGAAGGUUUCGUUCACAUCCAAGGCCGAUGUGGGCAGGGCCCUUGCACGACUCUGCACCCUAGCCCUGGAUCCGCUCACAGCUCCUCAAGUCCCCGACGAGUUGCGCAUAUCGGGGAACGCGGUCACCUACGAGGACGUCCGCGACUUGAUCGCUGAGGUCAAGGGCGUGCAGAAGGGCGAAAUCAAGAGCGAAGAACUGGAGAAGCUCAAGCACAAGCUGCGAGACACUCCUGACUCGCACGUCGUGGAGUACAUUCGGGUGCUGAUGGGGGAGGGCAAGCUGGAUUUCUCGUGCGACAACGCGAACAGCUUGGUGAACCCUGCCGAGGCGUUUUGGAAGUGGAAAUCCGUCGCGGAUCAGCACCGUGAGCGUCGGAAAGUCUCACAGUGA